AGAGAGGAGGAGGAGGAGGAGGAGGAGGAGGGCAAUCCCUGCUUUUAUUUUUCUUUCCAGACGGCAACACAGUUGAGCACAAAAAACAACAAAAAACGUGCACCGGACGCGCUGCGAGGCAACACUUGCGCCAAUGUCCUCGCCCGAGGUGGAGAAACGCACGACUUUUAUCUGAAGAGAUUUUUUACUUUUAUAUUUUUUAUUUUUUUCAAACAAAAAAAAGGGGAAGGGCUCUGCCAAGAAAAAAACAACAAAAACAAACAACCAUUUGGACAUGAUGUUACGCUUCAGAAAGUGCGCACUUUACGCACCAUGACAACUUUAGGAUGUUGGAUCACCUCGCCGUCGUUGUUGUUGUUGUUAUUGAUGUCGUUCGCGUGUUAGGCUUCGCUUCCUUUGUUGGUGUCAGGUUUUUUUCAGAACUCACUGAAACCAUGUGUCGUGGCUAAAUACUUUAAACACACAUAUACACACACACACACACACACACACACACACACACAAAGACUCGAGGCAGCAUGGGGGCCAAACAGAGCAGCCCCGUGUUUGAUGGCAGAACUCGGGCUUAUUCCAGCUCCGAUCUCCCAUCUGGAAACUCCAGCGGAGGGGGACGGAUUGCGGGGUUUAGGUACACCAAUGGACCAGAUGGCCCCCGGAUCCGUUACACUGGUGGAGGGCCAACCAGCUCGGGUCUCAGUAUACCGGCUGGCAGCAGGUCAGGCUCACACGUACUGAAUCAGAGCCUCGAUGGCACGGACGGUGACGAGGAGAGCGAGCUGCCACCUGAGGGCCACCGGUUGCUCAUCGGGUCCCUUCCGGCCCACCUGUCCCCUCACCUGCUGGGAGGCUUCCACUGUCCCGUUUGCUCCAAGUUUAUGGCCUCGGACGAAAUAGAGAAGCACCUGCUCAUGUGUUUCAGCAAAACGCGGCUCACCUACAACAAGGACAUCCUGUCCAGAGACUCUGGGGAAUGUGCCAUCUGUUUAGAUGAGCUGGAGCAGGGAGACACCAUUGCCAGGCUGCCCUGCCUCUGUAUCUACCACAAAGGGUGCAUCGACGAGUGGUUCGAGGUGAAUCGCUCGUGCCCGGAGCAUCCCGCCGUCUAGGAGCUGCAGGAUCCCCCCCCCUCCUCCUCCACCCCCCCCCCCCUACCUCGACCCCGUCACAACGCCUUCCGCUCCAGCCGAGCAUCAACGCUCCUCGGGGAUCGUAAGACAUUGUUGUGCACAAACUUUUUCAUACCGCCUCGCGGGGAAUAGCCACGUACCUCGGUGGGUUUCUCCGAACGUCGUGGGGACGUUCAAAGAAACGCUGGUCGAGAAAUUCUGUGCCCGGAAAAUAUGUGAAUGUUCCUCGCGCCUCCUUCUGGCCUGAAGUGGGCUCGUGAAAACCUGAACCGCAUGGCUGAACCGGGUGUGAUUUCAUAGCAGAGGACGUCUCUUUUCAGCAGAGAUUUAGAUGGAGAGACGGUUUCAGACGUGAUCAGAAGGCUGAAGCCUGAUGUUGUGCAAUCUAAAAAAACAACAACAACAACAACAGCCAUUCAGAGUUAGAAAUGCCUUUUAUUUUCAGCUUUAAGGGAUGAUUACAGUGUUGAUCGUAGUCAGGAUAUAGAUCUUAAUUUUAUCGUGAAAUUGUCAAACUGUUGUUAUACAAAUCAUGUGUCCUCGACCAAAUAGUCUAACGUGAGUCAGACUUUGUUAAUCAUUUGUCCGUACUGGAAACCACGGUGACGUGAUUGUGUAGUCGAGAGUGGUGGAAUGAGAGAUAUAAACACAUCUAAUAAUGAUUCAUGCUCUAAGGAGUGCCAUAAUGUGCUGCUAUGUCAUAGACUGGAAUGUUUUUCUUAUAACCUUCGAACCUUUUGUUUUAUUGUUCUUUCUAUUUGUACCGUCAGGUUUUGCACAACAAUAAAUGUUUUGUCUUUGCGUCUCGA